AUGGAUGAGGCGAUCAACUGCACUAAAUUUCAAUCUGAUCUAAAAAAACUCGAUAGUUUGGUUUUCAGCAGAAUCUCCCCUCGCCAACGUCUUUUCUGCUCCUGGGCGGAACUCCUUUCCUGGAGAAGUCAAGCUUCCCCCACGGCUCCUUCUAUCCUCAGAAAGAAAAUCGCUCAAGUGGUGGUCUACAACAUCAGGCGGCAGCGGAACAAUGCUUUACAUAACUCUCAGCGUUUGUCUCCUCCUCUUGUCUUUAAGCUGAUUGAUCAUGAAGUUCGCAAUAUCAUUUCUGCUAGGAGAAAGCGAAAGUGGUGGCGUGAUCUCAUGCUUCUCUGGAUUCGAUAGUUAUUCUUAUCUUCCCUUUUUUAUUGUAAC